AUGAAUAAAUACCAUUAGUAAUAAUCUAAUUGUUUUAAUAGCAUUAGCAAAUAAUAUAAUUAAAACAAUUCAAUAUUUAGCAAAUUAAAUUUUGAUACAGCAAUAAUUCUAUUAAAGUUAAAAAUUAAUUCUUAUGAAUAAGCUUUUUUCUAAAUAUUUACAUGCUCGAUAUUUUUAUCAUUACAAAAUAUUCAUAACUAUAUUUAUUUUUUAAAUUUAUUUUACGAUAUCAAAGAAAAUUCUAAAAUAUUUUAGUUAAUGUAGAAUGUUAAAUAUAUAGAUUUAAAUUAUUUAUUAUCGCUUUAAACUAAUUUGUUUAAAAUUAUAAUCUAUCUAUCAUCAUCUUAUAUAAUUUUAAUUAUAAUAUUUUAUUGGAUAUGCAUUUUUGUUCGAUAUCAAGACCCGUAAAUAAAACAAAGAAAAUAUUUUUAUGGAAGAUGGCUCUAUUAUUUAUUAAUGUAUUACUCAUAUAUUUUCUUUUUUCCUUUUUGUUUAAUAUUUCUAUCUUUGAUUUUCUGUUCAGAUGAUAUUAUAGGAAACUUAAAUAUAUAAUGUUAAUUUUAAAAUUAAGAAUAUUUUUAUCUUGUAUAAAUUUCAAUAACAUGUAUAAUAUUAGUUAUAAUAGCAGAAUGGUGGAUUGUAAUUUAUUUUCAAAAUAAUAAACAUUACAAAAAAGAUUAAAUGUGCAUUGAUAAAAAACCAAUUUUUAUGUUUUAAUUUUCUUUUUUUAAAAUUUUUAUGGCUUUAUUUUCUGUUUGUAAAGCUAAAAGUUAUAUAUUUUUUAUUUUUUGGAUUAUUAUUUAACUUUUGAUAGUACUUUUUUUGUUUAUUUAAGUAAAUUUCUCUUUAUCUUUUUAUACUUAUUCAAACUCUAAUAUAAGAUAACUUUUUAUAUUUAUGAUAAAUUUACUUAUUUCUUAAUAAUUAGCUUUUGGAACUGAUGAACUAUUGAGAAUAAUAUUAAAUAAUUAAUCUUCUGAAAUAAAUAAUAUUUAUAAAGAAAAUGCGAUUAUUUUAAUAUUUUUUUAUUUCUUUUUAAUACUAUUAAUAGGGCCAUAUAUACGAAAGUAUAUAAUAAUCAAAAACAUUACAAAAUAAUAAAAAAUUGAUGAAUUAUCAGAAGAUAAUUUUCUUUUAUUGGUUUGCAAUUUAUAGAAUAUUGUAUAAGAAAUAAAUAAUUAAUCUAUAUACGAUGCUAUAUUUAAAUCUAUUCUUUAUUAACAUAUUCAAAAACCUUGUUUAAAUUAAGAAAAUUUGGAAUAAUGUUUUUGUUCUUAUAAAAUGAUAUAUGAUCCUAAAAAAAAUAAAAAAACUUCUAUAAAUAAAGCUUUUUAUUCAAUUAAUAGUAAAGUUUUUUAUAAAUUUAUUAUUAAAAGAUGGUUUGAAUUAUUUUUGUAAAAAAAACCUUAAAAUUAUAUACUUUAUAUAGAUUAUGCAGAUUUCCUUUAUUUUAAAAUGAAAAAUUUAUCACUUUGCCUUAGAAAUCUUUAAAAUAUAAAAUUUAAAAAUCUUCUUCCUUUAAAUCGUUAUAGAUUAUAUAGACUUUAACAUAUAAUAAGAAAAUAAAACAUAAAAAAAAAUAGAGAAAGUUAUAAAAAUAAACUAGAAAUAGAAAGUGUAAUAAAUAUAGAAGAAGAAAUUGGAUAAAUUCAUUAAAAAAUACGUUCGACAAUAUCUAACAAUAUAAAAUUUUGGGUUUAUUUAGAAAAAUCAAACAUAAACUUAAAUGAGUUAAAUUAAAUAAUAUAAUAUACAUUUAAUUAAUUAAAUUUAAUGAAAUAAUUAUGGAAAAAUACACUAAUAUAUGUAAAUUUUAAGAAAAAGUGGUGCUUUUACUACAUAUGGUAUUAUUUUUACAUUUUAAACAAGAAAAUAAAGAUCUAAAUGUUAGAAAAAUUUUAAAGUAAUACAUAGAUGAAUGAAAAUGAUGUUUUUUCAUAAGAACUAUAAUAAUAAAAUUAAGAUGAUGUAUAUUCUGUAUCUUCAAAUUUAAAAAUUGAAGAAAUAGAAAAUAUAAACAUUAAAAAACCAUAAGUAGUUUAUGAUAGAAAUAGCGUUGUAUUUUAUAUUGAUUAGGAUUACAAAGGAAAUAUAAUCAAGGUAAAUAGAACUAUAUUUAAUAUUUUCGGAUAUUAAUCUAAUGAAGUGGAAGGAUUACUUAAUAUAACGUAAUUAAUGCCUAGGAUAUAUGCAAAAAUGCACCCUAUAUAAAUAAAAAAAUUUAAUUCAACUGGCAAAACUAAAUCCCUUUAUUCUUAAAAGAAAGUUUUUUGCAUUAAUAAAUAAGGAACUCUUUUUCCUGCUUGGAAAUUUGUAAAAUAAUAUAUUAGUUUAAUUGGAAAUUGUGAAUAUAUUUGCCUAAUUAGACCUAUAUUUUAAAAAACAGAAAAUUUUGGUGAGCUUUUCUUAAUACUUAAUGAAAAUUGGGAAAUAGAUUGCAUGACAAAUAAACUGUUUAAUGCAUUUGGAAUUGAUCCUAGAACUUAUUUAAAUUUAAAUCAAUGUUUAAAUUUAUUGAUUUUAGCACCUAAACUCAUAAAAUACAGUAAAUUUGCUAAAUUUUUGAGUAUUAGUGAUUACAAAAAUAUAAAAAAAUAGUAAAAAGAAAAGAUAUUAAAUGGGAUAUAAAUAAAAAAAAAUAUUAAUUAAAAAAUAAAAUAAUUGAAUUAAAUUCAAUUGUUUAAUAAAUAUAAUAAAAAUAAUAAAAAUAAUAGAAAUAAUAAAAAUAAUAGAAGUAAUAAUAAUAAUAAUAAUAAUAAUAAUAAUAAUAAUAAUAAUAAUAAUAAUGAUUUUAUAAUCUAAAUUUAACCUAAUAUUAUUCAAUAAUAAUCCUCUUUAUAAAAUUAAAAAUAUCCAUCUAAUUCUUAAAUUAAUUAAAAUUAAGAAAUAAUUGAAUAAUUAAAUUAUGGAAAUAAAAAAUUUCCUUAUUAAUUAAUUUUUAAUUAACAAAAUAUCUUUUAAUAAUAAUAAUUAUACUAUUUUACAAAUAAAACACAAUUAGAAUCUUUUUAAUUUAAUAAAAAUGAAUAAGAUAAUAAAGAUGUUAUUUAAUAAAAUAAUAAUCAAGAAGAAUAUAUUGACAAUUAUUAAUAAGUAAAUAUAUAAUAAGAUUCUGAAUAUUUUUAAUAAAUGGAUAAUUUAGAAAAAGGAUAAGUUAUAAAUUUCAAAAUCAAAGUACCGACAAGAAUUAAUGAUAUAUUAAAGGAUUACAAUGCUAAAAUUUUAAAUAUAAAUAAUGAAAAAAACGAAAUAUUUAAUAAUUUAAAAAUAACAUAAAAAUUAAAUAAUUAAUCGUAAAAUAAUAAUGAGAAUUCCUAUUAUGAAAACAACAAAGAUAAAUAAAUAUAUGAUUUAAUAAAAGACAAUAUUUUUUAAUACAGAGAGAAUAAGUCUAUAAGAGAAUAUAAUUGUGUUUGUAAAGCCUAAAUUAAAUUUGUAUCAGGAAAAAAAAUUAUAGUAUUAAAACUUGUUAAAUUUGAAUAAUUAUAAACAAAUUAAAUUCAAAGCGAGAAAUUUCAAGAAAAAAAACUUUAUUAAUAUAAAUGUAAAAAACUAAAAUUAAUUAAAUAAUCAAAAAAAAAUUAAAAAGCAUGUAUAGAAUCUGAGUCUUCAAAAUCAAAUUAUUAAUUAAGUUUGAAAAGUGAAGUUUCAGAUACAGUAAAUAAUUUAAUAAACUAAACUCUUUAUUAUUAAUAAGAAAUCACAACAAUAAUUUCAGAUUAAAAUGACUUUUAAGUAAAUAAUAGUCUCGAAAAAUAAAAUGGAAUGGGUUAUUAAUUGCAUGUAAAUUAUUUAAGCGAGCAAGCUAAAGAUUAUUAAUCAGAAAUUUCUUUAACUUAAUUUCAUAAAAACUUCAUAAAUAAGUAAGGUGCAAAGAGUUUUAGUUUUUUAUAAUCAGAUAAUAUAUAUAUAAAAGAAGAUAAUCAUAAACCAAUAAAAAUAAUCAAGCCAAUUAUAACUUUGAAAAUAUUUAUAAGAUUUUUUUUGUUAUUUAUAGUUAGUUUAAUAAUUUUUACUUAUUUUUAUGGGCCAUAUUAAAAAUUACCUUAAUUAAAAGAAAAUUCAAUUAGGAUAUUAAAAAUAUAAAAUAGUAUAAUAAAUACGAUAAAAAUAUAUAAUAAUAUACUUAAUUUAUUGUUUUUAUAAAAUGGACAAUAUGAUUAAAUUUUUUAAAAAUCAAUAUUUUGGACAAAGAAAGAAUAUUAAUAAUAAUAAGAAGAGAGUUUUAAAUAACUUUAAGUUUUCUUUUUAAAAAUAAAAUAAGAUGAAGAUUUUUUACAGAUAUUUUAUGAUAAAAGCUUAACUAAAUUUUAACUUGUAGACAAAUAAAUUAUUAACUAAAAAUAAAUUUUGAUUAAAAAUAAUGUUUAUUAAUUAGACAGUUAUGAUUUGUUUAAUCAAUUUGUUUAUUAAAUAUCGUAAAUUGUAAAGUAAGAUUCUUAAAGCCUAAAUUCUAAUUAAAAUGAAAUUUAAUUUAUUAGAAGUAACGUGUUCCCCUACUUGAAUGCAUAAAUGGAAUAAUCGAGAUCAAAAUUAAUAGAUACUUAAGAUUCUUCAGCAGAUAAUAUUUAUAGUUUUCUUAUUAUUAUUAUUAUAAUGAUUUCUGUUAUUGUUUUUAUGUCUUUUUUAGUUUUAUUUAGAUAAAUUAUUGUUAUCCUUAAUGCUUUUGAGUCUAUUUUUUAUGUAAAUUUAUUUUUUAUUUAAUAUUUAUUAAAUAAUUUAAUAAGGUUUUUACUAAAAUAAAUUAAAGUGAUUUAACUAAAAUAAAAAAUUAUAACAUUAAUAUUCUAAUGA